GCCUUGAGCAGCGAAUGUAGACACUGGAAGACUAGUUCCAUACCCACCAUAAGCUCGCCAUGGAUGCAUCGUGCCGAGGAUAAACAUAGUCAACGAAGAAGCGAAGCUCUGAUGUAGGGAAGAGACACAAAAACGGCUCUCCCAUUUCUUGGAAACACCGCCGAAGAAAGACCAAGCUCGAUCGGCAAGCUUACCUCGUUUCCUUGUAUUGACAUUUGACAGUGCUUGAUCGUAGGCAGAGGCGGAGAGAUGCAGUAGCGGUAGCGGGUUCUGAUUGAUGGAGCACCUGCGAGAGUCCAAGGAAGAAGUGGAGAUUGUAGAGGAGGAGGCCGAGAAAUCUCCUCAUGAGGCGCACAAGGGCGUUCUCUCUGAUCCAAAUCCUGCCAAAGGCAUUUCAAAUCAAGGUGGCAGAAAAGACGGAGGCAAAAUCAGGGAAACGGGGGCCCCAAUAAGUGCUUCAUUAGGUGCCAUGAGACCCCUUAUUGCAAAGCUGAACAAGAUGCUCCUAGAUCCCUCACAGGGAUGCUCCUCCAAGAGUGUCAAGGUCGGGAUGCACCUCUUCAAAGAAGAUGUUGAAAAGAUGAGCUCCUACCUUGAUGAACUGUCAGAGGUGGAGGACCCUCCCCUGACGGCCAAGUGCUGGAUGAAUGAGGCACGCGACCUCUCUUACGACAUGGAGGAUUAUAUCGACAGUUUAUUAUUUGUGCAGCCUGCAGAUCCCUCCCUAGUUGCCAAUAACAUCAAGACCACGAGAUCGCUCCUCAAAUUGCUCGGUCAUGUCAAGAAUCCCAAGAGGCUCCAGCAGCCCAAGAAGAUUAUAAAAACGGUAUCAGACUUCAGGAUAUAUGUUCAGGAGGCAAUUCAAAGACACGAUGUGUAUGUUCUGUCAGAUUCUGCUCCAUGCUCUUCCAGCAUAUUGAGGCGUAGAUCUGUGUCUGUUGGCCAUAUGUUUCCAACGCCGUAUGAAGAAACUGCUCACAUAGUGAUAAAUGGUCGGAUGAAUUUUUUUAUCAAUUCACUUGUUAACGAUGGGGACAAGAAUCUCAAGGCGGUAUCUGUUCUUGGACCUGCCUGUCUGGGUAAAACUACACUUGCUAAAGUAUUGCACGACAAACUUGGUGAGCAAUACAAUUGUCGAGCUUUCAUUCGGGUGUCAAAGAAACCUGAUAUGGAGAAAAUUUUCCUUGACAUGCUCUCGCAACUCCAGCGACUGGAUCCCCUAGAAUAUCGUAAUGAGGCUGAGCUCAUUCACAGGAUCAAGAAUUAUCUACAACCUAGAAGGUAUUUAAUUAUUAUUGAUGAUCUAUGGGAUACAUCAGUAUGGGAUAGUAUUAUCCAUGCUUUUCCAAAGGGUAGUCAUGGGAGCAGAAUAGUAACAACCACACAGAUUGAACAUGUUGCAUUAACAUGUUGCUCUUAUCAGUCAGAGAAUAUUUUUGAGAUGAAACCCAUGGAUGAUGAUCACUCAAGAAAGCUAUUCUUUAACAGACUCUUUGGCUCUGAAAGUUCUUGCCCUCCAAAGUUGAAAGAGGUUUCAAACGAAAUAGUUGAAAUAUGUGGUGGUCUGCCACUAGCAACAAUCAGCAUAGCUAGUCUUUUAGCAAGCCAGCCUUUCAUGUCACUUGAUCUAUUGACAUGCAUCUGUGAGUCAUUAAGCUCUUGUAUCUCGGCAAGUUCUACUUCAGAGAGAACUAGACAAGCACUGAAUCUGAGCUUCAACAAACUUCCCCAUUACUUGAAGACAUGUUUGCUUUAUCUCAGCAUGUAUCAAGAGGGCUACACAUUCUCCAAGGAUGAAUUAGUUAAGCAAUGGAUGGCCGAAGGGUUUAUCGAUACAACAGAAGGGCAGGAUAUGGAGGGAGUUGCAGAAAGCUAUCUCCAUCAACUUAUCAGUAGAAGAUUCAUACAGCCUAUAUGUAUCAACUAUAACAACGAGGUGUUGUCAUGUACAGUUCAGGACGUGGUACAUAAUCUUAUUGUACGCAAGUCUGCAGAAGAGGAUUUUAUUGUGGCAAUGGACUACAGCUGUCAAAAGAAUACAUCACUUUCUCAUAAGGCCCGCCGACUCUCUAUCGUCUUUGGUGAUGCAAGAUAUGCCAAGACACCAGCAAACAUCAGAAAAUCACAAGUUCGGUCAGUUAGAUUUUCUGGAUUGUUCGAGUCUAUCCCCUGUAUUACAGAGUUCAAGCUUGUUCGUGUUCUAAACCUCCAACUAUCUGGUUAUGGCCGCUGCAACAAUAACAAGGUCGACCUCACUGGGAUUUCAGAAUUGUUUCAACUGAGAUAUUUGAAGAUUGCAGGCGAUGUCUGCAUAAAACUGCCAAACCAUGGGCUACAGUGUUUGGAAACACUAGAUAUUACUGAUGCAAUACUCGUUGUUGUUUCACGGGUUACUGAUCUCCUACACCUGUUGCACCUCAGUCUUUCUGUUGACACAUGGUUCUCGAAUAUGGAUAUGUUUGACAAGCUGAAAUACCUGCAGGAUCUUCGUCUUACCACUUCUUCGGAAGUAACAUCUGGCGAUCUGGAGAGAAGCAUUGUACGUUUGUUUGCUUCAAUAUCAGGAUACCCCAACCUGAAAACUAUAGUAGUGUCUCAUGGCUCCUCGGUUAAAAAUAUUAGGGAUAAUGGCACUUCAAAAGUAACCAUUUCAAAUACCGUGGAUCGCAUGGCACCUCCUCAACUUCUCCAUAGAUUUGAAUUCUCACCGCAUAGCCGCAUCAUGUUUUCCCAAAUCCCAGAGUGGUUCAAAACAUUUGGCAGCCUAUGUAUUUUGAAGAUUGAACUUCAGAUACUCACGAUAUAUUGUGUUGGUAUUCUCAGAGGACUGCCUGCCCUCACUGCUAUGUCGCUGUACGUGGAGACAGCUCCAGUUGACAAGAUCAUAUUUGGCAUGGCGGGGUUUUCAGUUCUCAAGUAUUUUAGGUUGAGUUUCAUUAAUGGUAUAUCUUGGCUAAAAUUUGAGGAAGAUUCAUUGCCUAAUCUCUUGAAGCUCAAGCUAGUUUUCAACACGAUCCUCCAAAUCGACCAAUAUGAACAUGGUAUUAUCAACAUCGACCAUAUGCCAGCCGUUAGAGAGAUCUCUGUGAAAUUCGGUGGUGCAGCUGCUGAUCGAGAGUAUGCCUUGACGACCUUCGUUAGAAAUCAUUCGAGCAAUCCUACAAUCAACAUACCAUUGGUGGAUUAUAGUUUCGAUGUUGACGAAGGCACAAAACUGAAGCAACACCAGCAUGAGAUUAUGGAGGAAAAACCAGACGAAUCUUGCAAGAAACAACUAGAUGAGACGAUUCUGCAGGAUGAAUCAGAUAAAUCAUACAUACAACAACCAGAUAAGAUUGUGAAGGAAGAACCAGAUAAGAUUGUGGAGCAAGAACCUGAUGGAUCAUAUAAACAACAACCAGAUAAGACAGUGGAGGAAGAACCAAAUGACUGCCACGAAGAACCAGAUAUGCAGCAAAAAACAAACGAAUAUGACAAGACACUGGAGAUACCUGAUGAUAAAAGGUCACCGGAGUAUCCGCGUGCUUUCACACCGGACGAGAUCCUAUCCGCCACCCUUUAUUUCUCGAAGAACAACUUCCUCGGUGGUACCACCUACAAGGGCACUGUCGACGGCGAGCUCAUGGUAGCCGUCAGCAAAUUCACCUCCAACAGCUCACUGCUGCAGUGGGCUACUGAUGAACGAACUAGUCCUCAUCUGGUGAAAAAGCUGGGUUACUGCGACCAAGGCUAUAUAGUCCACGAGUACAUGCCCAGGGGCAGCCUCCAGUACCUCCUCUCGGAGACCAAUCUCAUUGCGUCGUUACCUUGGUUAACACGGCUCAAGAUUGCCAUCGGGGCAGGUAAAGGGCUGGCCUUUGUGCAUCAGUCAGGCGAAAGAUUGACACAGGAUUUCGAUAGUUCGAUCAUUCUACUCGACUCGGAUUGCACGGCAAAGCUGUGGGGUUUUGACAUCCAUAGUUCGCAGUUCUGCACUGCGGAAAAUCACGUGUACGACUUCGGUGUCGUGCUCCUAGAGCUGCUGACUGGGCGGCUGCACAUCGACAGGCAGCCAAUUGGCCCGGAAGAAAAUCUGGUGGAGUGGACGCGUCCCUACCUGCGCCGUGAGGACAAGUUGCACCGUAUCAUGGACCCGAAACUGGAGGGGCAAUACUCAUUUUCGGCAGCGUGGAUCACAGCCAAGAUCGCGAACCGGUGCCUGCAUGACAAGGCUCGGCGGCCAAGCAUGCGCGAGGUCGUGGACAUCCUUGAGCCGCUACUCACUGAUGACCGUAUCGGCGGGCGACAGUCAAAGAAAACUAAUAUGUUACCCUCCGCCCGUCCAAGAAGCAGCCGAUAGUAUAUAAAAUUAUCACUACCCCGUAACUCUGCGUCGCUCCCAUCGAUCAAAGCGCUUGGCUUGUAUACACAAAGCCAACAUAACCUUUCUCUCUCUCAAAAAAGAAGCCAACAUAACCUUGUUGCAUUUGCGAGUGCACCAAAUUUUCAUCCGUAAAGCAUUCUGAUGAUGUUUUUGUCGCCCCCAACUCUGUCCGUGUACUGUAAUACGUUGCUCUUGGCGAUUAUUCACAUUCUGUAUAACAGAUAAUUCUUUCUUUUUGCGGGAAGUAUAACAGAUAAUUCAGAAAUAAACACAUUCAUUUUGUCUUA